UCCUCUCUUUACUAUAUCGCAUCUUUUGUAGCAGUCUACUUCAUCAGCUUUCGUUGUCUAGUUUUUCUAAUUCUUUAUAGAUCCUACUAUAGAAGAUCGCUUCUUUCUUCUUUUUUUUCUGCUCUUUUUACUGGCUCCCGUUUCUCUUUACCCAACGUCGUUCUAUUUCUUUUAACUCUCACCACCACCACCACCACCACCACCACUACCAGAUCCACCACCACCGCCACCUACGGUGCAAUAACGGUCAUCUUUAACAUUUACUCGAUAAUGACCACCUAACAUCAAGCUCGGUGUGGAAAACGUACAUAAACACUUAAGCAAAGAAUACUUUUGCCGCUAAUCCCAACUUAGCUGCUCGUUCACUACCGUAUGGAUGCACAACCAACCAUGUAAAACACUCUUCCUCUCUUUUCUCCUACUUUUCCUCUUUCACCUUCCUCCACCUUUUCCUCGUUUUUGCUCGUAUUCUGCUCUUCUUUUUCGUUCCUCUCUCUCUCUCUCUCUCUCUCUCUCUCUCUCUCUCUCUCUCUCUCUCUCUCUCUUUCUCUUUCUUUCUCUGUUUAUCUUUGCUGUGUACUUUUCGGAUUCAAACCUCUACAACUUAUAAUUGUCGCCUGGAUUGUAUAUUCUCCUAUAGCAGCAAAAGACGAACAACAGUCUUUUAGUUCGGUCAUUCGUAGACUAUGCAUCGAGAAUUUUUCUUGUUUUGUUUCAUUCUUCGAUGUCCUUUUAUGUUGCAAGUUCUCUUUGAUAUUUCUCCCUAUCAACUGAUCGCUAGCAGCAGUUAAAAUGAAAAACAAUCACCGUGGAUGUAUUCUACUUUUGCGGAGUCUCUCUUAACUUGUUACUAUGCUCCAUGCAGCCAGCUCAGGGCAAACUUAUGUUUUUAACAAAAUAGAGGGGGUUAGUCAGAACCCCCAGCGAGUAAUACAUCCUUUACCUCACAGAACUACCCACACCACAUCUAAAAAAAAAACAUCUUUUCCCCCUAUCUCCCCUGCACAAAUUUUGAUAAGUAAAUAAUCCUUCAGUCACAACUCUCUCCCUUUCUCUCUCUUUUCUCUCUUCUCUCUCUCUCUCUCUCUCUCUCUCUCUCUCUCACACACACACAUACACACACUCACACACACACACACAAAGAAAAAAAAAACCCUCCUCAAAUUGAAGUUGCUGAUCGUGAUGCCGCGGCCGGGAAACCAUGGCUGUUUUUCAUUCCUCCACCUACAGGAGGAUAAUGCGCGUUUCCUGUUGCUCUUCAUUGUUAUGAUGGGCUACCUUAUGUUUGGAGCUGGCAUCUUCAUGAUUCUGGAGUCUCCGAACGAAGAGGCUGAACGCAUAAAAAUCAACGCCUCGGUUGAGGCUUUUCUGGAAAGAUACCCGGAGGCAAACCGCACCGAUCUGGAAUUACUCCUACUUGAAUAUGCCCACGCAAGUGCCGCCGGUUUUGUCGAAAGUAAAGCAACUCGUUGGGACUACGUUGGAUCAUUUUACUUUGUUGGUACUGUUGUUUCAACUAUAGGUUUUGGUAUGACAACACCAAGCACACCUAAUGGGAAAAUUCUUUUAAUUUUCUAUGGAUUUUUCGGCUGUGCAGGUGCCAUUUUAUUUUUUAACUUAUUUCUUGAACGAAUCAUUACAUUCUUGGCACAUAUCUUAAAAGGUAUUCAUGAAAAAAGCCAGCGCCAAAAGUCCAGCCAGGUUUCUGAGAAACACGACAGUGAAAGGCGAGAUUCAUCUGUUUCAGAAGAUAGUUUAGAUGCAUGGAAACCCUCCGUAUAUUGGGUUAUGCUUAUCCUUCUCUGUGGUGCCAUUUUGGUUGCUUGCUGUGCUUCAGCUAUGUAUCAUUCCGUCGAAAACUGGAGCUACUUUGAAUCGAUAUAUUUUUGCUUUGUUGCCUUUUCUACAAUUGGCUUCGGAGAUUAUACAGUGAGUCAAAAAACCCAGUAUGACUACAUUCACUUGUAUCGACUUGGAAAUUUUGUAUUUAUUAUUAUAGGAUGCUGUUGUAUAUACAGCUUAUUUAAUGUGGCCUCUAUUAUCAUAAAGCAAUUUUUAAACUGGAUUUUACGUAAAUUAAACUGUCGCUGUCAAUGUCGUAGAGAAAUACCGACAUUUCGGGCCAGACGCAACGCUAUUACUCCUGGAAUACGACAGAGUCAACGUAAGGCCAAAUCAGACAGUGUAACAAUGGUAGAUGUAGAUUAUGACAGUGAUAAUGAAUAUCGACGUACGUCUGGGGAAAUGAUAUCGAUGCAUGAUUUCUUGCAAGCUAAAAAUAUUAAUAUUGCCAUGAUGCAAAAACGUCUUUGGGAAACAGCACAGCGUGGCAUGUUACAACAAGCUCAAAACGAAAGUGGAUUCCAUGGCGGUGUUGGGCCUCUUGCCAUAUUGAACAGAAAACUCGGUAAAGAUGAGAUAUGAUCAGAAACUUAACAAAUAUUUUAGUCACUUUAUUUAAUCAAAAAUAUAAACAUUUGAGGCUAACAUUGACACGUUAAAAUAGCUUGAUAUGAUAACAGAAAUUUCUCACCACAAAAUUCGAUGCUUCCAGACAAGAAACUGUUAAUUUCUUGUGCUUCAGAAUAUUUAAUUUCUUACAAAAUAUCGACACCUUUGAGACAAUAAAAUUUAACUUGACCGAAAGGCUUAUUUUUCAGAAAGAAAAAAAAACAUUUUUAGAAUGAAAAACUAAUUAACUAAACGGCAGAAGAAAAGAAAUGUUUUUAGUUUUUGUGUUAAUAUAUGGUUCAUACAUUGAAUGUGUGAUUUUUUAAUUGUUAAUUGAAGGUUAGUUAAUGAAAUUUUUAUCUUGGAAUAUUGUUGUAAGAGAAAACAGGUUUGGGGUUAGGUUUUUAUUUUAAAAAAUCAUUAUUAUGUUUAAUUAAAACUGAGUGUUGCUGCUAAAACAUAUGUGAUCUAAAUAUUCCUAUGAGUGGCGUGUUCACUCUUAGUCAAAUUUCAACAGAAAUUUGUUAUUGAUUUAUUUACACCCAAACUUCGCCACGAAAAUCACGACUCGUAAAUUUCCAAUAAUAAUUUUUUUAAGCGUAAUGGAAUAUGGUUUUUCCUUAGCUUUAUGAUUCAAUGAUGUUCAUUUGAAUAUAAUGAAAUAAAAUGAGAUUAUAUUAAUACGGUAUAAAUUGAAGAUGAUGUACUAAUGAUUGCGUUAUCAGAUUUGGAAAUAUCUUUUGACAGAAUAAUACCAGUCAAAAGAUGUGAUUUGAAAUAUUAACUCUGUAUUAUUAAUCAAGAAAAUUUACAAGUAAAUGAAUGAAUGUGUUUGCAUGAGUGUGUAUGGGUGUUUGUAGUUAUGUUAAUGAGAACGAAAAUCACUCAAUAGCGUUUAAAACAAAGAAAAUAUUAUUACAUCUCAAAAGCGUCUUUGAGGCACAAAAUGUUAGUAAAACUGUAAAGUCCCAAAUCCCUACAAGCUCUACAAACUCACAUCAUCUUGAUUGGAUGCAAUAUUUCUAUAUUUGAUUAUUUUUAUACAAAUCAUAAUGUUACUCCCCACUUUAGAAGUUUGGUUUUUUUUUCUAAGGAAUGCAUGAACAUGUGAAAUUUAAUCGAUUAUAUCAAAAGAAAAUCAGUUUGUCAUUAAAGAUUUCAUUUCGGGACUUUAAGAUGUUAUUCUAAAGGAAGCUUAGUUUAAUCCCCAUAGAGAAGUAUAUUUUUGUAAGUAGAUCAAUUAAAUAAUUGGCAAAUGAAGGUUUUGUUCAACUUGUAAAAAUAAUAAAACUUUAUUUAAGCUUCCUGCGAUAUAGAAACUGUAACCAAAUGUUUGAGAUAAGACAGUGUAAGCUUUAACUUUGUAUAUUUAUGCCGCCCUUGACUUUUUCAAUCCUUGGAAAAUAUUUAGUGGAGGAUUUCGAGACUAUUUCCAGCCUGGCGAUGUCGAUCAUUCUUCCAAAUUGAUAAAUAUUACAUCUGGCUGUUAUUUUUGUUAGAAAAUUCAUCAUAUUCGACGGUGUUAAACUUCAGGGAUAUCUAACUAUGUACUGCUACCGUUGGUUCUAAAAUCUAUUGCUGUGCCUGAGCAUUGAUUAAUUUUAAAACAUUUCGUAAAAAAAAUUCUCUCUCAUAUUAUUAUUAUUAUUAUCAUUAUUAUUAUUAUUAUUAUUAUUAUUAUUAUUAUUAUUAUUAUUAUUAUUAUUAUUAUUAUUAUUAAGGCGGCAAGCUGGUAGAAUCGUUAGCGUGCUGGACGAAAUGCUUAGCGGCAUUUCGCCUGUCGCUACAUUCUGAGUUCAAAUUCUGCUGAGGUCGACUUUACCUUUCAUCCUUUAGGGGGUCGAUAAAAUAAGUUCCAGUUGAACAAUGGGGUCGAUGUAACCGACUCAUCCCCUCCCCUAAAGUUGAUGCUCUUGUGGCAAAAUUUGAAAUCAUUAUUAUUAUUAUUAUUAAGGCAGUGACCUGGCAGAAUUGUUAGCGCAUCGGGCAUAAUUCUUAGUGGUGUUUCGACUCAUGUUUUGGGUUCAAAUCCUGUCAACUUUGCUUUUCAUCCUUUCAGGGCCAGUAAGAUAAAGUACCAGUCAAGUACUGGGUCUCGAUGGUAUCGACCAAACUCGUAAAAUUCUGGCCUUCUUCAAAAAUUCGAAAGCAUUAUUAUUAUUAUUUUGGCAUCUCCAAUAAAAUAGCAUUGCUUAAAAAUACAGAAUUUUUAAAUUUUAUAUUGUCGUCUAGAUAUAACAAUGGAAAUCUUAACGUAAACAUUGUCCUCUUACAAAUAAUAUUCACUGAAAAUGUUGACAAUAAAAGAAAUAUUUUGUGUAAGAAUGCGAAAAAUUGAUUACAAAAAAAUUGUUGAGAUUUCUGACAUUACGUUAACCCACAAAAAAAUUUAGUGAUUAAAAACAAGCGAUAAAAUCUAUUGCUACUUGUUAGAAUGAAUGACGUUGGUUCCAAAAUGUUGGAUAAAGAAUGAUUAAAUAUUGGUUUUUAUUAAUUUUGUGCAAUUACCAUAUUUGUGACAGACGUCGUUAAAACAGUAUUUAAAUCGUUUUAGAGAGACUGUAUUUUUAAUGCAUUAAUUGUUGCAAUUUAGUUAUGAGCAGCUUCUGAUAUAAAUUCCAACUGAAACUUUUAUUCCAUAAAUUAUUUG